UAGACCUACUGAAUUGAACGACCAGUUGAAAAACGUUGAAAUUGUGGUGGAUCAGAGUGCAGUUAUCAUAUGGUGUGCUGCACGAGUUUUGCGAUUUCAGAUGGUCACACCUAUGUUUACCAGGCCACACACACACACCAAACGGGCGCAGAAGUAUGCUACCCCAAAGGCUUUCGAAGAAAGGUCCGCACCGUUUUUUUGAGGACCGUUUUGUGGAAACGUGUGGUUCAGUGUAAACGUUAACGCGAACUGAACGCACUCCAGCACACACACGCUCUCUCUCUCACAUGCUCAAACUGCCAUAAACUAGUUUUGAGGACUUUGUAGCCAAAUUAAUCAAUAAUUGCAGUCAAAUAUUGAUAUAUACAAAGUACUUUGCUACCAACAACUAUUCAGCCUCCGCAUUCUCUUGACUAGACAUCCCACGCGAGUCACAUUUGGAAGAUUGCUGUCGCAUGACAAUCCUAAAGGACCAAAAACUAUUGAUACAGACGAAUAUGCGUAUUUUUUUAGGCAGGGCAUUGGUCCUCUGUACAAUUCUUAAGCCGUUACGUUUAUCUAGGGCAAGUUAUUUUCAAUGAUUUAGCAGGAUUUAGUUCGCCUUGUCCAGCAGUGACUGGAACAGAUUGCUAUUUCGUUUUUAGACAUGCACGGACUGAGUUGCAAAUGUAAAUGGGGCCUUACUUUCACUCUGUUCUUAUCUGUCAUUUGCGUGUUUAUCUUCUGUGAAUAUUUGAUAUAUUACCCUGCAAUUUUGCGUUGUUCGUGGCCGAAGUUGAAUAGAGACAGCGGCAAGGGAGUCCCCCCGCUUCGCGCUUUGUUUCUGUCGGAUACCCACCUCCUUGGCGCAAUACAGGGACACUGGUUCGACAAACUGCGAAGAGAAUGGCAGAUGGAGAGAGCUUUCCAGACAGCACUGGGGGUCCUACAGCCAGAGGUGGUCUUCAUUUUGGGAGACAUAUUCGACGAGGGGAAAUGGAGCUCCCCAAAGGACUGGGAGGACGACGUCCGACGCUUUACGCAGAUCUUCCGACAUCCCAGAGACGUGGAGCUUAUAGCCCUCAUUGGUAACCAUGACAUCGGCUUCCAUCAUGAAAUGAGCUGGUACAAACUUGAACGCUUCGAGAGGGUGUUCAAUGUCACCUCUGCCCGGAUCGUAACCAACAAGGGAGUCAAUUUUGUACUGGUGAACAGUAUGGCCAUGCAUGGAGACCGCUGCCCCAUCUGCGAGCAUGUGGAAAACGAGCUGUACAGCCUCUCUCAGGCUCUCAACUGUUCAGUGCUGAGCCACCGGUCAAGCAGCAUGAGAACAUACUGUCAGGAGGACAUGCAGAAGUUUCCCCGCUCAUCACCUAUCAUCCUGCAGUGUGUUGUGUACUGUGUAUUGACCUUCUGUCGGAAGCACUACCCUUUGUACCGACCUAACGAUGCAGAGUGCACUGGGCAGGACGCCGCCUCUCCUGAAGAGCGACACCAGGUGUUCCAUGAGCGCUAUGACGUGCUAUCCCAGGAGGCUUCUCAAAGGUUACUUUGGUGGUUCCAGCCCCGUCUUAUCCUGAGUGGCCACACCCACAGUGCCUGUAAGGUGGUCCAUGACAACAAGCAUCCAGAGAUCAGCGUUCCUUCCUUCAGCUGGAGAAACCGCAACAACCCCAGCUUCAUCCUGGGCACCUUCUCUCCCACGGACUUCCAGUUGGCCAAGUGCUUCCUGCCAGAGGAGAGCAGCGUGGUGGCCAUCUACUGUUCCACAGCCAUGGUCGUCUUCCUCCUGCUCUUGGCCCACCUACAUCUCACCAAGACCUCCAUGCUCCUGGCCACCAAUCUAAUGGGCAAGCACAAGGGCUUCUGACAGUUUCCCCUAGAUCGUACCGUUUGCUUGGCGGGCCGCUUUAAAAAAAAAGUCCCCUGAAGUAAAGUGUGACUGAAACCAAUAGAGGGUGAAAUGUUCUAGGUGAAUGGCAAGAGAUAGGCCCUAUGAUUACCUGUCAAAGUAACUGUAUGAGGACAUCUGUGUGACCUGUCACCUUUGAUGCCCUCAGGCCCCAUGUUCCAAAGACUCCUGUGUAGACACUCCUGACAUAGAACCCAACAUCACCUUUUACAGGGAGGGCCUGGGUCCUGACAUAGAACCCAAAAGCACCUUUUACAGGUAGGGCCUGGGUCCUGACAUAGAACCCAACAGCACCUUUUACAGGGAAGGCCUGGGUCACUCUGGGAUAGUUUUUACUGAUCAAUUACGUGCCCUGAGAUUUUAUCCCUCGUUUCCCUUUUUAAAUGAUUGGCAACUUGAAUGUUUUUCUAUUUGAUCUCUGAUCUACUGGUGAAUAAGCUAUGGCAGGGCCAUCUUUGAGCUUUUUAAACAUGACCUGGACAAAAACAGUCAAGGGAAGAUGGUGACACUGGGUUUCUUGUAACUGUAAUUUAUGCAUAUACAAAGUGUACAUAAUCUGUCAUAUUUUCCCGCAUAUUCAGUUUAGACCCCCCCCCCCCCAAAAAAAGUAUUCUGAUGUGUCUCUUUAUUAAAAUAAAAAUAUUUUUCCGUAUUCCAUAAA